AUGUCCACCUGCAUCUUCCUCCUCUGGCUUGUCAGCAUCCCCCUUUCAAUCCACGCCACCCCACAACCUAGAGGUAAUUACCUCCUAAACUGCGGCGCUAGCGAAAAUGCUGAAGAAGGGCCUCUAACAUACAUCCCUGACGACAACUACAUAUCAACCGGCAACAAAACAUCCUUAAACAGAACCGACAUAUUACCUCGUUUACAAACCCUCCGUUUCUUCCCUAACGAAAACGCCAGAAAAUUCUGCUACACCUUCCCCGUCAUCAAAGAAAAGAAGUAUCUCGUCAAAACAAUCUACUUCUACGGACGAUUCGAUGGGGGUAUCAACCCCCCGAUUUUCGAUCAGAUGAUAGAUGGGACGAAGUGGAGCGUGGUGAACACCACGGAGGAUUACGCGAGUGGGGGCUCUUCGUACUACGAGGCAGUUGUCGUUGCUCAGAAUAAGUUUCUGAGCGUUUGUUUGGCGAGAAACGAGCACACCGUGCAUGGCUCGAGCCCGUUUAUUUCGUCUCUCGAAGUUUAUUAUUUGGAUGAUUCGGUUUAUAAUUCGACCAAUUUCGAGAAGAAUGUUUUGGUUAGUGUUGCGAGGAAUAGCUUUGGUUCUGAAGGUGACAUCAUUAGUUUUCCGGACGACAAUUUCAAUCGGUAUUGGCAGCCAUUCAAGGACGAAAACCCGUUCGUUUCGAGCCAGUCGAGUGUAAGUCCAAGAACAUUCUGGAACAUUCCACCACAGAAGGCUUUUUCAUCAGCAAUAACAACAAGCAGAGGAAAGAACCUCGUACUAAACUGGCCCCCGUUUUUGCUCCCGAACGGACUUUAUUACGUCGCAUUGUACUUUCAAGACAAUCGAAAUCCAAGCCCUUACAGCUGGAGGGUCUUUGACGUUUAUAUAAACGGAGUUAAAUUCUACGAAAAUCUAAAUGUCACGGAUAGUGGACUUAGCGUUGUCGGUGCCGAAUGGCCUCUUAGUGGCAAAACCGAAAUUACUCUUAUUCCUAGUAGCGGAACUCCCGUCGGACCGUUGAUCAAUGCUGGUGAAUUAUUUCAGAUUUUAUCCUCCGGAGGAAAAACCGUUACUCGAGAUGUGGUGGCGAUGGAGGAAUUACGAGAAAAAAUAUCUAACCCGCCGGAAGAUUGGGCGGGCGAUCCAUGUCUGCCUAGACAGAAUUCUUGGACAGGUGUUUCGUGUUCGAAACAAGCUCCGUUUCGAAUUCUUUCUUUGUGAGUUCUAUUUAAAGAAAUUAAAGUAAUUUUUUUUA